AUGCAUCGUCUUUUUGCUGAGCUGGAGCCAUCUUUAACCGUCACAGAGCAAAACCUGGCAGACCGAGUUCGGUAUAUCUUGCGCUCAAAUAUAUUUGAUGUCGCCGAACUCGAACGGCUACGACGUGAGGCUGUUCCCUCGUCGGCUGAGAAUGCUACGGCUGAGGAUGCGGCGCCACAAAUGGUAGAGCAACCCGCAAACGUGGAUGCCACCGUGAAUACCCCAGUUGUGGUUGAUUCAAACGAUGAUGGAACAGUCGCCCAGGAACUGGAAUUAGAGCAUAUGAGGAGUACAUUGGAAGAGGCGAUUGUGGAAACGCGCAGUACGCCUCUCGAAAAUCGACCGCGACUUCCCCGCAUAGCCCUAAGCAAGCGGAAUCGGGCUGUCGUGAGGGCUCUGAACCCAAUGCUGGUGACCUAUUUGGAAGCCAGCCGGAAACUUUGCGAGACGGAUUCCAUUCUUUUUGGCGCCGCACUGGCAGUGUGCCGUAUUAUAGGCGCCAAGGUUUCCACGGCUGGACGCGCUACUAGCCAUAGUAGCGCUAUCCCAGCAUUGAGAAGAAGAAUUGAGGAACGUAUCGCAAAGGCUAGAGCUCUCAUCGGCAGACUGAUAUGCUUCAGAUCAGGCAACAACAGGCCAAGAAUUGUGCGCACCAUCAGGAUGGCGUUUGCUGGGACAAAUGUCAGUUUGUCCCAGCCGGAUAUAACGCAAAAACUGACGGAGCGCAUAGAUGAUCUGAAGCAGAGAAUCGCUGCUUGGGGAAAGCGGAUUCGGCGAUAUACCGAGAGGUCGACACGGUUCAACCAGAAUUCUCUCUUCCAGAGUGAUCAGAAGAGGCUCUAUGAAUCAUUGGAGCGACCAAUGGUAAGUGGAACGUGUCCAGCACCGAAUCAGGCCGAUACUCUAGCAUUCUGGCGCGGCCUGUGGUCAGAGCCCGUAAACCACAGCGAGGGCCCUUGGACGGAAGUUGUGGCGAGUCAGUGUGCGGGUAUUAAGCCCAUGGACCCCGUCAUCAUAACGCCGGAUGACGUAGCUGAGGCGGUCCGUAGGGCCCCGAACUGGAAAAGUCCGGGGCUUGACGGGCUGCAUCACUACUGGCUGAAGGGGUUCAUGACGGAUAUCAUGCAGAAACUAACGGAGCGCAUAGACGACCUGAAGCAAAAGAUUGCCGCUUGGGGGAAGCGGAUUCGCCGAUUUACCGAGAGGUCAAGGCCGUUCAACCAGAAUCGUCUCUUCCAGAGUGAUCAGAAGAGGCUCUACAAAUCAUUGGAGCGACCAGAGGUUUGUGGAGCGGGCCCAGGACCGGACCAGGAUAACACUGUCGCAUUUUGGCGUGGCCUGUGGUCAGAGCCCGUAAACCACAGCGAGGGCCCUUGGACGGAAGUUGUGGCGAGUCAGUGUGCGAGUAUUACGCCCAUGGACCCCGUCAUCAUAACGCCGGAUGACGUAGCUGAGGCGGUCCGUAGAGCCCCGAACUGGAAAAGUCCGGGACUCGACGGACUGCAUCACUACUGGCUGAAGGGGUUCAUGGUGUGUCACGCUGUGCUCGCCCGUCAGAUUCAAGAGGCUAUCAAUCAGAAGUCGCUCCCUAGCCUCUUCACUACUGGGAUCACUCAUUUGGUUCCUAAAGACCAGAGCAAAACCUGGCAGACCGGGUUCGGUAUAUCUCGCGCUCAAAUAUAUUUGAUGUCGCCGAACUCGAACGACCACGACGUGAUGCUGUUCCCUCAUCGGAUGUAUAUGAAUGCUACGGCUGAGGAUGCGGCGCCACAAAUUGCAGAGCACCCCUCAAACGUGAAUGCCGCCGUAAAUACCCCAGUUGUGGUUGAUUCAAACGAUGAUGGAACAGUCGCCCAGGAACUGGAAUUAGAGCAUAUGAGGAGUACAUUGGAAGAGGCGAUUGUGGAAACGCGCAGUACGCCUCUCGAAAAUCGACCGCGACUUCCCCGCAUAGCUCUAAGCAAGCGGAAUCGGGCUGUCGUGAGAGCUCUGAACUCAAUGCUGGUGACUUAUUUGGAAGCCAGCCGGGACCUUUGCGAGACGGACGUAAUUCUUUUUGGCGCCGCACUGGCAGUGUGCCGUAUUAUAGGCGCCAAACUUUCCACGGCUGGACGCGCUACUGGACAAAGUAGCGCUAUCCCAGCCUGGAGAAUAAGAAUUGAAGAACGUAUCGCAAAGGCUAGGGUCCUAAUCGGCAGACUGAUAUGCUUCAGGUCAGGCAACAACAGGCCAAGGAUUGUGCGCACCAUCAGGAUGGCGUUUGCUGGGACAAAUGUCAGUUUGUCCCAGCCGGAUAUAAUGCAAAAACUGACGGAGCGCAUAGACGACCUGAAGCAGAGAAUCGCUGCUUGGGGAAAGCGGAUUCGGCGAUAUACCGAGAGGUCGACACGGUUUAACCAGAAUCGUCUCUUCCAGAGUGAUCAGAGGAGGCUCUAUAAAUCGUUGGAGCGACCAAUGGUAAGUGGAACGGGCCCAGCACCGAAUCAGACCGACACUGUAGCAUUCUUGCGCGGCCUGUGGUCAGAGCCCAUAAACCACAGCGAGGGCCUUGGACGGAAGUUGUGGCGAGCCAGGGUGCAAGUGUUACGCCUAUGGACCCCAUCACCAUAA